AUAAAAUAUCUGUCUAUCUAUUUAACAUGUUUUCUCUCAACAGGACCACUCAGCAGUAUUCUGGUGAAUAAGUAUGGUAGUCGGCCAAUCAUGAUUGCUGGGGGCUGUCUGUCUAGCACAGGGUUAGUCGCCGCCUCCUUCUGUAGCACAGUGGAGGGUCUGUACUUCUGUGUGGGAGUUAUAGGCGGCCUGGGUUUGGCUUUUAAUCUGAAUCCAGCAUUGACCAUGAUUGGCAAAUACUUCUACAAGCGCCGGCCAAUAGCUAAUGGCAUCGCGAUGGCGGGCAGCCCAGUGUUCUUGUCCACUCUUGCCCCGUUGAACAGCUGGCUGUAUGAUCAAUUUGGAUGGAGGGGCAGUUUCCUCAUUCUGGGCGGAGCUUUGCUGAACUGCUGCGUUGCGGGGUCACUAAUGCGGCCCAUCGGACCAAAACCACAGCCUGCCAGUCCAAAAGAGGAUGGCGAGCCCAAACGUCAAGAGAAAAAGACAUGCAUGCAGACCGUCAACAGCUUCCUGGAUCUGACCCUGUUCACUCACCGAGGCUUCCUGCUGUACCUGCUCGGAAACGUCAUCAUGUUCUUCGGCCUCUUUGCGCCUCUUGUGUUCCUCAGUAAUUAUGCAAAAAGUAAAGAGAUUUCCAAGGAUAAGGCUGCGUUCUUGUUGUCCAUCCUGGCCUUCACCGACAUGAUCGCUCGGCCAUCCAUGGGCCUGGUGGCCAACACUCGCUGGGUCCGUCCACGUAUCCAGUACUUCUUCGCCGCAUCUGUGCUAUAUAAUGGUGUCUGCCACUUGUUGGCACCAUUCUCCACCGAUUACGUGGGUUUUGCCAUUUAUGCAGUGUUUUUCGGUGUGGCAUUCGGCUGGCUGAGUUCUGUGCUGUUUGAGACUCUCAUGGACCUGGUGGGCGCUCAGAGGUUCUCCAGUGCUGUGGGGUUGGUGACCAUCGUGGAGUGUGGACCUGUGCUGCUGGGGCCUCCGAUGCUGGGUAAGGCUGAGUGUCAAUCCAUUUCACUUAAAGGAAAAA